AAGAAGCAACAGAGCCAGAAAAAGCAACAGAUCCAGCAGAACCAACAGAGUCAGCAACAGCAGCACCAGCACCAGCAGCGCCAGCAACAUCAGCGCCAGCAGCAACAACAGCAACAGCAGCAGGAGCAGCAGGAGCAAGCUCAUCCGAAUCUUCAGAAUGGUCAGACUCGUCCUACUCAUCACACCCAUCCGAAUCAUCAGAAGCAUCAGAGGCCUCCAUAGGGGCUUUCUGCUGCCUUUUCGCAACCAUGGGCUUUUUGAAUUGCGUGGGAAUCUUCCGGCUUCUCUACAGAAACCAUAUACUUCCAAACAACACGCCCUUCCAGUUAGCUUGGAUAUUCUCCGCUCAGCGAGCUUCCGUGUGGGCAUUUGGCCCCCUAUAUGGACGGUUGAUCGACGCGUACGGCCCAGGAAUAGGGCUCUGGCCUCUCACUGGCAUAUGCGUGUUUGAAUUGAUUGCAAUGACUCUUACGCAGGAUUAUUGGAUGACUUUGUCCUCAGGAAUCAUGUACGGCCUGGCCGGCGGAGGACUUUAUGCUGCAUCCUGGCUUAGCGUUGGCCAAUGGUUCAGCCGGCGUCGAGGAUUGGUUGCUGGGAUGGCAGCUUGUGGAGGAAGCCUGGGAGGCGUGAUCUUUCCUCUCUUUCUCGAUUGUAUGUUGGGACAUGCCAACUUGAUCGCUUCCAUGCAAUAUACAGUCGCUCUGCUUGUCAUUGUCUCCAUCCCUGGUAUCUAUUUCUUUAGACAUCGCCUGCCAAUCAGAGGAUGGGAUCGCAAAGCAACGUGGUUCGACCUGAACCUGCUUCGCCAGAGACACUACCAAUAUUUUGUCGCCGGAUCAUUCUUGGUUAUGUGGGGAUACUGGGCUCCGAUCGACUUCAUCUUGCAAUCCGCACUUCAACUCUUCCCUCCCACAUUUGGCCUCUAUCUGAUUCCUAUCAUGAGCUUAGCAUCUAUUCCCGGCCACAUCGUCUUCGGCUACCUAGGAGAUAGAGUAGGCCACUAUCUUGUGAUGUCAUGGUGCUGCCUGCUACUCGGCGCUUCAUUCAUGCUCAUUUGGAUCCCAUCCACUAUGUCCCAGUCGCUCAGGGGGGUAUUUGUCUUUGCAUUAGCCUAUGGGUUCUUUGGCGGUGCUUUCAACAGUCUGGCCAUGCCCUGCGUGGCCAAGCUUGGGAGACCAGAAACUCUAGGACAAAGACUUGGUCCCUUCCAUUUUGCCAUGGCAAUCAGCUGUUUGACAGGUCUCCCCAUCAUGGAGGCCCUGCGGACUCUCCAUAAUGGCUAUUUUGCAAUGCAGGUUUUUGCCACGCUAGUGAUUAUUCUCGGCAGCAUUUUUAUCACAGCCGCGCUCGAUAUUCUGGCCAACUUACAUGAUCAAACCUAGGUGUAACCCGAGUCAUCCCGCAGGGCAAUGUUUGAUCUUUCAUAGCCUUUUCUGUCUUUUCUUGUCCCAUGGAUUAACUCUUAACUUUAUUUCCCAUAUCUUUAUACUACGCUCAUUAACUGGAAGGCUGAAUGGUAUGAGAACCAGACACCAUAUCACUACCUACUAG